AUGUCUGGUUCUUUCCGAAAAAUAUGUGAGCCUCCUGUUAUGGAGGGUAUCGAAGUUUCUGCGUUGGACAUACGUAGUCGUCGGCAAUUUAGAACCACAGGAUCCGAUGUGAUGGAAAAGUAUAUUUCAUCGUCUUUUUUACCUAUAUUAAGGGAGAUUAUUCCUCACAGUGAUAAUCCACCGGGGUUUGGUGGGUGCUGGUUUUGGGGUUGUUACUUCCAUGGUUUGUACGGUGAAGAUAUGUUGGUUGACCUAAACGGAACGGGAGUCAGUUUAUCGGAAGAUCCAUUAGAUACACAGGUUGCACUGAGGAAGAAGUCGUUUUCAUUGGCGGGAGACGAGUCAAAUAAGGUUAUUUUAGAGCACUGCUGCUCUAAGCUGGAAGCGCUAUGUGGUUUGUGUCUUUCUGUGGUUCUACAUGUAGCACGACAACCGAUGUUGGAGGAUGGGGAGGGACCGCAAGCGUUAGUGUUGUGUGCUACCAAGGACCAAUGCGAUGAAGUGCACGAGCUCAUAGAUCGUUUCGGAUCUGGUCUUCAUUUAGUUACACACAAUCUGUUUGGUGCGUACCCACCGAUGCCAGCGGAAAGAAGAGCAGACAUCGUCGUGGGUACUCUGCCGCUGUGGGAAAGCGUGGUACACCUCGCCCCUCGCAGCAGUCAGGAUGAACUUGAAGAAAUUUUAUAUCAUUUGCCGUACGAUACGAACAGGGCGGCGUCAACAACACGGUGGCGACCAUAUUCUCUCGCUUUUGUUACUCAGUUGUUGCUUAUCGAUUUGGAUUUGCAGCAUUCACUCGGUUAUUGGCCAUUACUGCUACACCUGUUCGCUAAGCAGGGGCAGCUCACCCCGUCGAUUCCACGCCGACCAAACGGCAGUGAAGGUCUCAAAGGGAGCCAGUGUUCGUAUGUUCACGGUGCCGUGCUUCCUAAGGAAUGCCAGGUCUACUGUUUGGUGGACGGGUGCGGCGAGGGACGAAAGCUUUUUGGGACCUUGCUUGACUCUCGCAAACGUGAUUAUGCCUUGGAAAGCAUAGAGCUUGCUUGCAUCAGUUUGAGGGCCCAGUCUUUGAACAUGAAUGCACGAGCUAUGGAUUCUGCGAACUUAUAUGCACAGGGGAGGACACGCCAGGAUAGCAAUGACGAGAGCAGUGAUGCGAAAAGGGUGGAAAAAUACAUUCCACGGUUAGAAGUGUACAACGCGCUCUCGCACUCUCGGCUGCUGGUAGAUGCUAGUGCCCUUGCUGAAUUUGCUGCCGAGGCGGUCCGUUGUGCCCUCUCUUUUUGGUCGAGGUUUGAGGGGACGCCACACACUGAGGACGUGGAAAACGCUUCUUCUGUCGUUGAUGUUAGUUUGGCAUACACAUGCAUAAAUUCAGGUAGGUAUUCCGGAGAAGGAGAGAGCGCGUGGUUUGUCACUAAAAUGAUGGCCGUAAUAACACCAACCGAACACACAGCGAUGCACCCCUCACGGACAACAUUGCUUAUAAAGCACUUGGCAGAUGAGUUUUCGGGUCAGAUAUUCGAUGGGGGUGUUUUGCAGUGUUUUUGCCGUUGCCAAGCGAUAGAGCCGGUAGAUCCUUUGGACGUGGUGCUUGGACCCAUGUUCUCUGCCACGGCGAAGUCGCUUUCCGGAGAGCCACUUUUUUUCCCCGCGUGUGGCACUGAGGUAGUGGAUGGAGACAUGAGCGUGGUGGCUCGACACCGGGCUGAGCUCCACAAAGCGGUUAUGAAGGCAUCGUCGACAACAAAUGUGUCCACAUUGUUUCCCCUGUACAAGUUUCUCAGCACCGUGCCGCGGCUACCGUGGAACACUGUUCUUGUUUUCCGUCGUAUUGAUUCGUCCAGUUCCCUAUUUUGUGGAAUCCAAGGGGAACAUAAACCAACCGCACUCCUUUACCUCGAGGAGUGCUGCCAGUAUGGGAAGGUCAUUUCUUUUUUUGUAUAUCAGAGACUGGAUGUCGAAGACGGUGCGGAGGGAAGUGUGGAUUUUUUUGUCGAGUUCCAAACUUGUGAGGGUGCAAUAGAGGCUGUUAAGCAGUUCUCAAUUCGUCUCGCCACCCAGAACCAGCGAGGUGAGGGAACAGCACAAGUCAGAUUUUUCCCAAACGAUUUGUACUACGAGGGUGUCAGUGCUGAGCUCCGUAAACUGGGUGGCGGCAACACAAGAUGUGACGAGGAGAGUGAGGCAAUGGACAGUGACGAAGAUUUUUUUGGUAUUUCGCUUCUAGCCGAGCGGUGA